AUGAUUUAUCGAAAAGAAUAUAAUAAUGUGGUUGCAAAGUUGAAUCUUUCAAGUAAAGAUGUAUCCAAAUUUGCUAAAACUUCAUGGGAAAAUGAACCCAAAGAUGUCAAAGACUAUUACCGACAGAUGGCAAGAAAUCUUAUGGAAGGUUAUUCUAGUGCACUCCGUAAAGAAACAGAAAAUGAAGGAUUUUCAACUCGUCCAUUGAACAAUGUAUCUCAUGGCACAUCCCGUAUGCUUCCUGAUAGUGCCUUUCGAGUAUUCCUCAAGAACAAUCGUAGGAAUCAUAGUUCAGCAGAAAAUGUUCCUGAGCAAAGUAGUGCUAUGCGUUCAGAAGUUUUUGGAACAUGUUCUCGUCGUGGUAAAUUCAACACUAAUUAUGCACUUUGUCGGUCAUGUGAUCCACGAAAGUUAAAAGAAGGAGAAGUCAAAAUGGUUAACGGUAUACCCGAAAAGUCACGUUCUAAUCCCAUUAUUGUUGCACUCAAGACUAUACCUGAAGGGGUAAAUGAAGAUUUUUUAAAUGAGGUAACAUGA